UUCUUGAUAUGUGCUCUAACUGGCUACUGCAGCGUCACACGUGCAAUAUUUAUAAAAUUACGCCAGCCAUAAAAUGAAGCAAAAAAAGAAACUAGCUGUGGGUCUUAGCCGCGAAGAGCGACAAGUGCUUGUUAUCGGCGAAAUCAUACAGGAACUUCUGAAGGCACAUGAAAACAAAAAGGAUGUGAAUCUAAAUCGCAUGAAGUCGCUUAUAUCAUCAAAAUAUGGACUGGAUAGCUCACCGCGUUUGGUAGAUAUUAUAGCAGCGGUACCGCAUGACGCAAAGAAAAUACUGCUGCCCAAGUUGCGCGCCAAGCCCAUACGAACUGCAAGCGGGAUUGCCGUGGUUGCUGUCAUGUGCAAGCCACAUCGUUGCCCGCACAUCAAUUUUACGGGUAACAUUUGUGUGUAUUGCCCCGGCGGACCGGACAGCGAUUUCGAAUACUCCACACAAUCCUAUACGGGCUAUGAGCCCACAUCGAUGCGUGCCAUACGCGCACGCUACGAUCCUUUUCUGCAGACCCGGCAUCGAGUAGAGCAGCUGAAACAACUGGGUCACUCGGUAGACAAAGUGGAGUUCAUUGUAAUGGGCGGCACUUUCAUGGCCCUGUCGGAGGAAUAUCGCGAUUACUUUAUACGAAAUUUGCACGAUGCCCUCUCCGGACACAGCAGCGCAAAUGUGGCUGAAGCGGUGCGUUAUUCAGAGAAAUCGAGGUCCAAAUGCAUUGGCAUCACAAUUGAAACACGUCCAGAUUAUUGCCUGAAACGUCACAUCACGGAUAUGCUGAAUUAUGGCUGCACACGUUUAGAGAUCGGAGUGCAGUCUGUCUAUGAAGAUGUGGCCAGAGACACGAAUCGCGGACACACGGUGGCCGCCGUAUGUGAGACUUUUAAAAUGGGCAAAGAUGCCGGAUACAAGAUUGUCACUCAUAUGAUGCCAGAUCUGCCAAAUGUGGACUUUGAGCGUGACAUCGAACAGUUUAUUGAAUAUUUCGAGAAUCCCGCCUUUCGGUCAGAUGGCUUAAAAAUCUAUCCAACUCUGGUUAUACGCGGCACUGGACUCUAUGAACUGUGGAAGACAGGUCGCUACAAGUCAUAUCCCCCUUCGAUGCUGGUCGAUUUGGUCGCUAAAAUAUUGGCCUUGGUACCACCUUGGACGCGUGUCUACCGCGUGCAGCGUGAUAUACCCAUGCCUUUAGUUAGCUCUGGCGUUGAGCAUGGUAAUCUCCGUGAAUUGGCGCUAGCUCGCAUGAAGGAUUUGGGCACCGUCUGCCGGGAUGUGCGCACCCGAGAGGUUGGUAUUCAAGAGAUCCACAACAAAGUGCGUCCUUAUGAAAUUGAAUUGAUACGUCGCGAUUAUGUGGCUAACGGCGGCUGGGAAACGUUCUUAUCGUAUGAGGAUUCCGAGCAGGAUAUACUUGUUGGACUGCUACGCCUGCGUAAGUGCUCAUCGGAGACUUUCAGGCCAGAACUGAAGGGCAAUUGCUCCAUUGUGCGCGAGCUGCAUGUUUAUGGUUCCGUGGUGCCUGUCAGCUCCCGAGAUCCGACUAAAUUUCAGCAUCAGGGCUUUGGCACUCUGCUCAUGGAGGAGGCACAGCGCAUAGCUAUCGAGGAGCAUGAGAGCACGAAGAUUGCCGUUAUUUCAGGUGUUGGAACGCGCAACUAUUACCGAAAACUCGGCUACACAUUGGAGGGCCCUUACAUGGUCAAGGAUCUAACUCAAUAUCGAAAAGAAUUCGAAGCGCUAAAUUCGACGGGUUGGUAAAUCCAAGCCUUACUUGUUGGAAUAUGGAUUUAAUGCUAUGGCUAAGCUAACGAAAACAAACGUUUUGUACAAUUAUUGUUUGUCAAAUAUAUAUACAUAGAUAUAUUAUAUAAACAAUUGCUUGAGCUUUUUAUCUAUGGAGGGCAUAAUAU